AGACGUCUUGGGUCUCAUGUACACACUGAUAAUCACAAGACCAGGAUGCAUCUCGACUGCACAAGCGUCUCCCACAUGGCUUCUGCAUGCCGUUGCCAAUACGCUGGAUCGACCUUAUGGGCACGAUGGAGCUCGCGCUUGUGCCAUGCACUGCACCCGCAGCCUACCCAUGGUGACGGCCGGGAAUGCAUCGCCUGAAGCGCGUAAUGCAAUGCACAUAUAUACAGUUCCGUCUGGGUAGCGUGGCGUUCAACCAUCUUUCUUGAAGAAAGGCGCAUUGAUUUUUUUUUUUUGCUGAUCCUAAGACGAACCUUUGUUCACGCGCACUUCCUGUAUCCGAAAAGCAGGGAAGCUCAGUUAAUUGCGACAGGAGUGGUGUCAUGCCUAUCAGGCGCAACUUUUGGUUCCAGUGAAGUUUGUGCGCAUGCGCUGCUCCAGCUAAGCUCGUUGCUUCGCGUCGUUAUCAGGUACUGAGUGGCCGGCCAGUCGACGCUGGUGCGGUACUGCGAAUGUAAACUGCAGUGUUCUACGCAGAUGGUGUAAGUUGGCUUUCCUGCAUUGCGUCUUCGGCGUUUCCGAGCAAAUCGUGAGACAUAGCAUCCUUCGCUUUAAACGAGAGACACGCAUUAGAGGCGCGAGUAUUUAAGAAAACUUCAAAAUUCAACAGGGCCACCAUUUUGUAGCGUUAGCGUUCCCGCUGCAAUUUGAGCUUCUUGAGCUUCUUCAGUGAUCAGACUGAACCCCAGCUUCCGUUAUCGAUAAGACGAGCCGAUCGUGAACAGUAGUUGAUAAGAAUGACAAGGAAAAAAGCGCAAGGAAUCGAUACAAUAUUGCGGCUCAGAAAAAGGUACGCGGGUAACUGUAGUUAGUAUACAAUUUCCGCGAUAGCAGUUAUUGGUUUUUAAGAUAGUUGAAGUUUAGUCUGUCACAUAUUAAUUGCGAUAACGAUGAAGGGCUGUAAAUAGUUCGAAAUUAUUGCAACUUACGUUCGAAUGAUAAAUAAUACCCCAUAAUAGCUUUCGCAUUUCUUCUGCGUUAGAAGUAGUAAAAGUACAAAUGGUCUUACUGGUUCAAAAGGACGAUUACAAAGAACUGUACAAUUUAGAUUAUUUUAAUUACACAACAGAAAACCCUGGCCAGACGCGACCCGACUCUAGAUUGUACCAGCGAAUAAUUUUCCAGCGGGCAAUCCAGGCAGCAGCACGUUUAAUUAUACUGCACAGCAUCUAUGAUAAUGAUGAUAAUGUCCCUCAAUGGUGACACGUAUCGACAAAUGGGAGCAUGUAAAAGAACCAAGAAAAUAUAUGCAAAAGAAGAAAAAGCACAGCUAUGAGAGAUGUCUUGCCGAGGCCGGAUUCCACGAUCGGUGAGGAAGAAGAAGAUAUCCAUCCGCUGGGCGCUGGAACAGGAGGAGGCAGCAGGUCCGCAAUCUCACGCAUGUCAGCAUGUCAUCCGUGCAAGGUUCGCCCGAGCUGCGCCGGCGUCUAUCGGACAAGGAGACCAGCCACUCCGACAUCUCUUGCAUUGCUGUGACGGACACAUGCAGCGUGACCAUCGAAACAAGUGAAGAAAUCGUGCCUAGCACUUCCAGUUCGGUUUUCAACUGCGACAUGUGCCCCGCUUCUUUCUCGACGAGAGACUUCCUGAACAGGCACCGACGCUACGGGCACGCACGAAGGAAUGCAAAGGGGCAGCAGUCAUCGCAAAGUGGGAUGGCCUCCCAAGAAGAGACCAAGGAGAAGGCACCCUUCGUGUGCGACAUCUGCAAGAGGAGCUUCGCGCGCCGAAACGCCCGCACCUCCCACGUGAGGAUCCACGCCAGGACGGGGUACGAGUGUCCGGACUGCGGCCGCCGCUUCUCGAACUCGUCCCACCUGUCCCGCCACCGGCGGACGCACUUGGGAGAGACGGAGAACUUCCUGUGUCCGGAGUGCUGGGCGGGCUUCGCCAGGAAGGACGUGAUGCAGCGGCACAUGCUCUCGCACACCGGAGAGAGGCCGUACGCGUGCCGAGUCUGCGGUGACAUGUUCACUCAGCGCGUGAGCGCCCGGAGGCACGAGAAGAACUCCCACGGCGUGGAGUGACCCGCCCGCUUAGCGCGGCGGCUUUGGCGGGUCGGCAAACGGCGGCGAAUCAGCGCGAGCGCAGAAAGGACUGCCAGCUCAGUGCCGGGUCAAAAGACUGGCAGCGAUCUGUAUCGAGAGAUAAAACAUAUUGCACUGGUCUUAGUCUAUGA